AUGGCCUGCAGGACAGUAGCCACUAAGAAGGUGAAGCAAGAGCUCGACAAUCAGUACCAGAAGGUACUGAUCCGUCCUGCGAACAGCCCGGGAAGGGAGGUCUCCAGCCGCAAAGAAGAAGAGAUGAUCAGCUGCGACCGAAGUGCACACAUCAUGGCGCGGCGGGAGACCCUUGGCGAACUGGGCAACUGGGCUGGGGAGCUGCCCCAGUGUAGCACCGGGGGGCUCAUGGCGUGUGAACACCCCAAGGAUUGA